AUGGUACGCGACGCGCCUCGACGCCGGGUCCAGCUUGUGACGCGGCAUUUUCAAGCGGGCGUACGUGCGCCGGCCAAGUCACUGACGCCGGCGACGGAGCUCGGCACGUUUCGUCUGGGACCGCACGUCGCGAUCCCCGUGCAUGCGGCGGAUGCGCCGGAGCGCGUCCCGCCCACGCGCCUGAUGCUCGAUACGGAGGACCCGAUCGUGCUGGAGCACCUCGAAUUCCUCGGCAAGAAGUGGCAGCUGCGGCAGGAUGUGUUCUUGUCGUCGCCACCGGGCCCGUACGCGCGCCGGCUGUGCCAGACAUUUGCCGCGCUGAUCCAGGUGCCUGUAGAAUACGUGUCGCUGCAUCGCGAUAUCGGCGAGGCGGAGCUCCUGCAGCAGCGCUCGCUCGAAGCCGGCGGCAACCUGCGCUACGACGACGGGCCUGUCGUCCGUGCGAUGAAGCACGGCCGCCUCCUCAUUCUUGACGGCAUCGAGCGCGCGGAGCGCGGCGUGAUGCCGAUCCUCAACAACAUCCUCGAAAACCGCGAGCAGAAUCUCGCGGACGGCACUCAGCUCGUGCCCGCCGAGCGCAUCGCCGCCGAUGACGCCGGCCACGGACACGCCCGCUUUGUGCCUGUGCACCCCGACUUUCGCGUGUUUUGCCUCGGCGUGCCUGUGCCGCCGUACCGCGGACACCCGCUCGAUCCGCCCUUCCGCUCCCGUUUCCAGGCGCGCUGGGUCGAGGGCGCCGUGUUUGGACCCGCGCUCAGGGCCGCAACCUCGUCGCAGGGCUCGUCCCUGCUGGAGCGCUGGGGCGAGUGGCUCGCUUUGCUGCGCCUGCACCACGAGGCUAGUCAGGAGGAAGGCAUACUGCCUGCGACCGAGCUCCUGCCGCAUGUGCCGACGACCGCCAUGCCCCUUCUCCGCGACAUCGCCUCGGUGUACCCGCCGACGACCGCCCUGCCUCCCGCGCACGGCCGACCCGAGGCCGGCGCACGCGUCGCCGAGUCGUCCCUCGCGAUGCUGAGUACCGCGUACCCAGCUAUAUUGACCUUCGAUGCCAAGAAGCGCCAAUCCCUCCAUGACAUGCUGGCACGCGUCGCACUCCACGGCGGCGUGGGCGGCCCGGCCACCUUCCGCGCGGGUCGCGGCCUGGUGGGCUACACCAUCGAACGUGUCGUGCGCGUGUCUGCGACGUCGGCGCGCCUCACAUUCCGCCACGACGGCGGCGACGUGCACGUCGAGGUGCCGUGUGGUCCGCGGCCGCUGGUGCCGCUCGAUACCCUGGACCAGGAGCACGUGUCGCUCACGCCGCGCGUCAAGUCGCUGCUGACCACGAUGCUUCAGCUGCAUAGCCUCGGACGUGAUAUAUGUAUGGUGCCUGCCACGCUCGACGCCGAGUCGCGCUCUCAGGCAUCGUCGUCCAAGUCGACGUGCAUACACUUGUUUGCCGCCUUGCUCGGCUACCGAGUCGAGACCAUUUGGCUGUGGAAAGAUGUGAGUGGCACGGAGCUCUUGAUGCGCCGGGCCACGACACCCAGCGGUGCCACGAUCUGGGAGCCGGCGCCUCUGACUCUGUCGGCCCUGCGUGGCUCCCUGGUGCACCUCGCUGGCGUGCACGUCCUGGGCCCGACGCUCGAAAGUCUGUCUCGGCUCACGCAGGACCGCGAAAUGGAGCUCUGGGAUGGCACGCGUCUCACGACAGAGGCAGACGUACCGCUCUCGAACGAGCUGGCCGACGGCCAUGUAUGUCGCAUGGCACCGAAUGUGCGCAUCAUCGCUACGGCGCCCCAGAUCGGCGACUGGCUAUCGGAAGGCGUAGCCAACAUGUUUGCUACGCUAGCUGCGCCUCCGAUGACGGCGGACGAGGAGCGCGCUGUCGUCCAGCAGCAGUCAGGCGUAUCAGACACCGCCCUCGACCCCGUGUGGGCCUUUGUGCACAAGUACCGCACGCAAGCGUCCGACGCGAAUGUCGGCCUGCACAAGGCCCGCCGCUUCGGCACGCGUCAGCUCAUCCGCAUCGCUCGACGUCUCGCGCGCUGGCCUGACGACGACGUGUACCGCCUCCUGUUCCGGAAUCAGCUCUGCGACUUUUUGCCUCGUACGGUGCGCGAUAUCGUGCACCACAUGCUGCUGGAUGUGGGCAUCGCGCCGCAUGGCUCAGAGGGCGCGUUCCAGUACAAGCCUCCGCUCCGCUUGUCCGCACCUGUAGUCGAAGCAGGCACCCUUGCCUUCUUCGACGAGAGCGGCAAGCCUGUGCUGCGUGUGCCGCGCUACGACUGGCGCACCAAGGAUCCUGAAGGCGCCUCACUGAUUCCCAACGCCCACGGCUCUUUCUUCCACAACACGCAGCAGACGGGGCUGAUGCACUCGAUCGUACAGGAUCUCGAAACGCUCGACGAGCAUCUCCUGCUUAUGGGUGCUCAGGGGACUGGCAAGAACAAGAUCAUGGACCAGGUACUCGAGCUCCUCGAUCGUCCGCGCGAGUACAUCCAAAUGAACCGCGACUCGACGGUCGGCGAGCUCCUGCAGCGCGCCUACCUCGAAGACGGCCAGCUCAAGUACGCCGACUCGCCGUUGGUCCGUGCGAUCAGAUGCGGCCGCGUAAUGGUCGUCGAUGAAGUGGACAAGUGCUCGGCGUCCGUCUCUGCCGUGUUCAAGUCGCUGGCCGAGCGCGGCGAGCUCACGCUGCCCGAUGGCCGACGCGUCGUGCCGCAGGGCAGCGUGGCUGAUCCGACGGCCAUUACCGUGCACCCCGACUUCCGCCUUGUGCUCCUGGCCAACCGACCCGGCUGGCCGUUCCUGGGCAACGCCUUCACCGAGGUGAUCGGCGAGGGCUUUAGCUCGUACGCCGUGUCGAAUCCCGAUGCCGAGUCAGAGGUACAGCUCCUGUGCCGCAUGGCGCCGAACUUGGAUCCCAAGCUGAUCCGCUCACUGGUCCUAUCGUUCCAUGGCUUGCGCGAGGCAUUUGACCAGGACCUCAUCAGUCAUCCAUACUCGCUACGUGAGCUGAUCCACAUUGUGCGCCAUUUAAGUCGCUACGAGGGCGAGAACCUUGGCGACGUGAUGCUGAAUGCUCUGGCGUUUGACCUGCACCGUCCCGAGUCGCUUCGACUGAUUGCGCGUGUAUUUGCCGACCACGGCCUCAAACUGGGCGGCAUCACUCUCGAGCAGGUACAGCAGCGUCUCGAGAAGCAGGCGCGGGCCAAGCAGCUGCGUGUCGAGUACAAGCCCAAGGGCGAUACGAGCCUCGACAAGCCCAAGAAAGGCAAGGACGAUCCCAACAACGACCCGCACGUAGGUGGCAACACUUGGCGCGGCGGCACAGGCGGUCGUGAUACGGCGGGUCUCGGCGGCCGCGGCGGCUUUGAGCGCCUGUACAAGGGCCACAAGAUCCAUCAGAUUCCCAAGGAGCUCAAGGAAGAGGUGCCGGACCACAUUCGCGCCGAGGCACGCAAGAUGGCCGAGCAGGCCCUGGCCGACAAAUUAGCCGAGGACCGCUUGGACCGAGACGAGGCCCAGUUUAUGCGGCGCAUCAAGGCCAAUGUCGAAGGCCAGGUCCUGCACUUGGCCAACGUGCUCAACGGUCUCACGGCAAACGAGCACGAGCGUCGCUGGCUGGUGCGUCAGCAGGAAGGCCAGCUGGACGAGCGCCGACUCACCGAGGGUCUCGUGGGCGAGCGGGCCAUUUUCAAGCGGCGCAGCGAGGCACCACCUGAGGUGGGGGCGCCGCAAAUGAAACCGAAGCGAAUCCGCAUUGUGCUUGAUGCAUCAGCGUCCAUGUACCAUAUGCAGUUUGAUGGGCGCCUGUCUCGUGAGCUCGAGACGUGCCUCAUGAUCAUGGAGGCGAUGCAACGUGUGGACCCAACGCGCUUCGAGUUCGACAUUGUGGCACACUCGGGCGAUCAAGUCGUCAUUCCUCUCGUCAAACUCGGCGCCACGCCCAAGAACGACGGCGAUCGCUUCCGCAUCUUGCGCGAUAUCGUCGCCUACACGCAAUACUGCAUGUCGGGUGAUCAUACGGUCGAGUGCAUUACCCAGUCUAUCAAGGACGUCCGCGAUCGCGAGGCUGACGACUACUUCGUGAUUGCUCUCUCGGACGCAAACUUGAGCCGCUACGGCAUCACACCCGAGAUACUCGGCCGCGCGCUGAAGCGCGACGAAAAGGUCAAGGCGGCUGUCAUCUUUAUCGACAGAGGCGGCGUGGAAGCUGGCAGCGUGGCUCGGGCCCUGCCUGGCCGUGCCUUUGUGGCCGAGGAUACGAAAGACAUCCCACGCGUGCUGUCCGACAUUCUCACGUCGCUCAUACAGAGCUAG